AUUAGGUUGAGUAUUGAUUGCUCUGCUCUGCCAAUAAAGAACUGAAAUUUAUAGGUGAAUUUGUACCCUUUUUUGUAUAAAUGAUUGUUCAUAUUGGAAAAAAGUAGUAACCUUUGUUUUGGUUUUUCCUUUUUCAAGAAAGACUAACCUUUGUUUGGUAAAAAUUUCGAAUGUGUUUGGAGACCCAAUUGUGAAAAUUUUCCGCCAUGGAAGCUCCAGUCAGAAGAAUCUUCCUCAAACCCACUACCGUUCUCAACCUAAAUCGCCACCACCUCAUUCACAAAACGACACCGUCCUUUGUUACAUUACCCCUCAAACGACAUCGUCGAUUAGCGAAGCUUGCCCAACCCAAGCUCUCAGUCUCACCCAUAUGUCGAUCAUCCACAUUCCCUUCGGAACCAAACCCUUUCAAACCCUUCCAAUCCUUUUCUUCUCUUUCCCAAAUCAGUCAUUACCACUCGCCGUCGCCGCUUUCUCAAACGAACGACGGCGUUUCGAGUUGGAGCUCAGCUUCGCAGAAUCCGAUUAACGGAAACGACGGCGUUUUGGGGGGAAAAAACGAUUGUGAAGUGGCGGUGGUUUUACUGGGUUGGCUUGGGUGCAAGACGAGGCAUCUCAAGAGGUACGCUGAGUGGUACAAUUCAAGGGGUUUUCACACUGUAACGUUCGUUACGAAUGUGAGAGAGGUUUUGUGGUUCGAUUUAGCUCGGAGAGCAGAGGAAAGGGUGUUGACUUUGGCCGAUGAGCUUAUUUCGUGGGUCUCCGAGAAAGGACCCGACGGUAAAGAACGGUGCUUGGUUUUUCAUACUUUCAGCAACACGGGUUGGUUUGUGUAUGGAACCAUUGUUGAAGCUCUGCAUAUUAGACCAGAUUUGGUAGAUAAGGUUAAGGGGUGUAUUGUGGAUUCAGGAGCUGCUGAGCCAUUCAGUCCCAAGGUUUGGGCGGCAGGAUUUUCUGCUGCGAUUCUGAAGAAACGAAGCGCAUCAACUUUGCAAACAAAUAUCGAAUCACUUUCAAACACAAAAGAAAAGGAACAACCAGUUAUUGAAGUAGUACUUCUAUCACUAUUGGAGACACUAUUUGCGAUUUUGUUAAACUUUCCAGAUGUGAAUCGGAGGUUAACAAAUGUAGUUUCCGUCCUCUCAAAAAAACAGCCUCCUUGUCCUCAGCUUUACCUAUAUAGUACAGCCGAUAAAGUGGUACCAUAUCAGUCGAUCGAGUCAUUCAUUGAAGAACAAAAGGAAAUGGGAAGAGAAGUGAAAUCCUUCAACUUUGGUUCGUCUCCUCAUGUGGAUCACUAUCGAAGCUUUCCCAACUUGUACUCAUCGGAACUUGAGAAUUUCUUAACAGAGUGUUUUGCCAUUGUUAAGCAGACUUGAAAUCCGUUCUAGUUUUCUGUUUAACCUAUUCACUUGAUAGUACUAUGUUGCCCAUGUUUUAGCUGAUAUUUAAUACUGUUUGACCCCAUUGAAAACCUAAUCAGAUGAAAUCUCUGAUAAAAUAAACAAGGUUGAAUGAUUAUGGUAUAAUUGUUUCUAGGCAUAAAACAUAUUGUGAUUCGUGAAUUAUUUAGAAUGUUAUUAUUGGAAAAUAGAAAUUUUAUGAGCAUCA